GGGCUAACCUGAGUGCUGGGAUUAACGGAGCCGACCGGGAGCUAAAGGGGAGCGGGUGGUGUCAAGUAACCUCCUCGUAAAUAAGGCAAACAUUUUAAUAAAAAAAAAGACCUGUAUACUAAACCUGGUCUUGAUACGGCUAGCACAUUAAAGAGUCAUGUCUACACCGGCUAGAAGAAGACUUAUGAGAGAUUUCAAAAGGCUACAAGAGGACCCUCCAGCUGGUGUGAGUGGUGCGCCAUCAGAAAACAACAUUAUGGUGUGGAAUGCUGUCAUUUUUGGGCCCGAGGGGACGCCGUUUGAAGAUGGUGAGAAAUAUAUACUACAUAAAUUUGAUGCAUAUUUUGUAAAAACAAUUAAUGUUGUUAAUGCUAUGCUUUCAGGUACAUUUAAACUCAUUGUAGAGUUCACAGAAGAAUAUCCCAAUAAACCACCCACAGUACGAUUUGUGUCGAAGAUGUUUCAUCCAAAUGUCUAUGCAGAUGGAAGUAUAUGUUUGGACAUUUUGCAAAAUCGCUGGAGUCCAACUUAUGAUGUGUCUUCAAUCCUAACAUCCAUUCAGUCUCUGCUCGAUGAACCAAAUCCCAACAGUCCAGCCAACAGUCAGGCUGCUCAGCUUUAUCAGGAGAACAAGCGGGAGUAUGAGAAACGUGUGUCUGCCAUUGUCGAGCAAAGCUGGAGGGACAGUUGACCUGACAAUCACCGUAGCUGUUUCCAUUGUGUGCGCUGCAAUUUUUAGUCAAGUACCUCUUAUAUUUGCCCUAGUCCCCCAACCACACAUUUUUAUUUCAAGCUUUUAUGCACUUUACCUCCAAUUUCCACCCUCAUAUAAAGUCUUUUUUAGUUGACUGCCAGGAAUAAUCUUUUUUUUUUUACCGUUGAAGUCCAUCAGGAGAACUGUUCUGAAUCUUGCCUUGUUUUUUUUUGUCAGUAUGGACUAAAGGGACAUUGCCUUGCUUUCUAAUGUAUUUCACCCAGUUUAAAUCACUUCUGGAUUAAUUAUGUUGAAUCUUUGAGGGCCAUGUCAUGGGCUCAUAUUGCUGUGCCCAACUGCUCUGUUAGUGUAUAUUUUUACACAGCAGUUUUCAGGGUUUCUUAGUGGUAUAUAGGGAAGGCAUUCAAGUAGCCCAAACCUCACUGGGGAAAAUUAUAUUGGACAACUUCACAUUGUCUUUGCUGUGUUGUGAACUCUGUUACAUGCAUGAAAAGUGUGUCAUAAUUUUGUUCAGUACUUGUGUAAAUAAGAAUCACAACUAAAACUUUAUGUACAGAUUUUGCACUGGUUGUUCUCAUACCAUUUUCAGUACUUGUAAAUAAAAAAAGCAGUUUCUUCAUGACAUGUUAAAA